AUGGACAUCCGUGAUGAUGUCCCUCCAGCCAAAGUUCUGGCUCCAGUGGCUGUGUAUUGUGGGAGUGUUCCUCGGACUAGUGUUGGGCUCCGAGUGCCCCCACCUGGAAGCAUCGACUCUAGUCUUCUUGCUUAUGGCGAAGUCUCUCUGCAGCCAGUGUCAAAUGUCCUAAGCAGUGAGAAGCCAUCACAGCUCUUGAGUGGACACAAGGUCCAGGAUAGCCUCACAGUGGAUGCUCCUUUGAAAGGCUGGCAGGCCAGGAAUGGCUACCCCAGGAACCUCGGAGUUCUGCCCUUGGGGCCCCACCCUGUGGGAGCUAUCCCCUCCCUGGAAUCAGAGGCCAGCAGUGUGGCCCGGGACACCAUCCAGAUUAAGGACAAGCUCAAGAAGAGGCGGCUCUCAGAAGGCAUGGCAGCAUCUUCUCAAGUCUCUCUAGGUCCUGGAGGAGGUCCCAAAGGAGUUCCUCUGAGGAGUACCAUCCCCCGUACCACCUCACAGAGGCUGCUGAGGGUGGCCAGGCCAAUGCCUCCCAUCCAGAGCAUCCCCACCACCCCUGAGGCCAGCAGUGCCAAGGAGAAGGACCUGGACCCUCCUGGGGGCAGACAGGUUCUCCAGGACUUGGGAGCCAGUGCCCAGGAGGUACAGAUCUCCAGGCAAUACCUGCAUUGCAAUGAUGAGAAGAUGCUCAAGUCUCUAGGAGGCAUCGUGAUCCCGCCCAUUCCGAAGACCCGGCUGCCCACAGGGACCUCUUCCUGCAGGCCCGACUCCCUACCCAGCCCCUUGGGUCCAGGUCAGGAUGUGCUUGUGGGACCAAGGGCUCCACAAAUGCGGCUGACUUGUGAGAAUGGGUCUCUGGAGAAGACCCCUACAUCUCUGGAGCCAAAGCCUUUGGUCCCAGCUGUCAAAGCCAAGUCUGCUGAAGGCCCCCCAAUGUCCCUGGCUUCAUCACAGUCCACCUCUACUCCAACAACUUUCUCCCCGAGCCAUGCCAAAGAAGCCCACUCCCUGGUGAGCGAAGACCAGAAGGACCAGAAGGUCCAAGUCACCAUUUCCAAGUCUGCCCAGGAAAAGAUGCGGCUGAAGCAGAUGAAGGAGAUGGAGCUGCUUCGGAGGGCAAAGGAGCCUGAGCUGGAGAAGGAACUGCCUUCCCAGGGCUUGGGCACAUGGAGAACUUCAGCAAAGGAAGGCCUCCUUCCUUUGCGGGGCAGUGGAACCCUUUCUGUGCCUACUGGGCUGAGUAGUCCACGCAGAAAUAACACUGGAGUCCUCCUGAGGAAGCGGGCCAACAGAGCCUCCCUGCCCAGCAUCCCUGUCAGUAAGCAGGAGCCCAGCUUUGCCCGCCAUGCAUCAGCUAACUCAUUACCUGCUGUGCUCACCUUGGGCUCUCCUGAAUGGGAGGAAGAGGAGGAGGAGGCGGAUCUUCGGGCCUUCAGGGAGUUGAGGCCCUUCUCAAAUCCAGAGUUGGGACUGACGGAUGCCCUUCAGUGCCUCCACAGUAAUGACUGGCAAAUGAAGGAGAAGGGCCUGGCAAGCAUCCAGCGCCUGGCAGCUUGUCACUCGGAGGUCCUUGGUACCCGGCUGCAUGAUGUGUCCUUGGCAGUGACUGCGGAGGUCACCAACCUCCGCUCCAAGGUAUCCCGCCUGGCCAUCAGCACCCUGGGAGACCUCUUCCGGUCUUUGAAGAAGAGCAUGGACCAGGAGGCUGAGGAGAUUGCCCGCUGCCUUCUGCAUAAGAUGGGAAACACCAGCGAGUUCAUCCAGCGGGCAGCCAACCGGGCUCUGGGUGCCAUGGUGGAAAAUGUGACCCCUGCCCGUGCAUUGGUGGCUCUCACAUCUGCGGGUGUCUACCAUCGGAACCCGUUAGUCCGGAAAUGUACUGCCAAGCAUCUCUCCGCUGUUCUGGAGCAGAUUGGUGCAGAGAAGCUGCUUUCAGGGUCCAGAGACAACACAGACAUGCUGGUGCACAACCUGGUGAGACUGGCCCAGGACUCUAACCAAGAUACCAGGUUUUAUGGCCGGAAGAUGGUGAGUAUCUUGAUGACAAAUUCAAAGUUUGAUGCAUUUCUGAAGCAAUCCCUCCCAUCUCAUGACCUUCGGAAAGUCAUGGCGGCCAUCAGACAACGGGGAAUACAAGACAAUCACGAACUUCCAUCUGCCAAAGGCCGAAAGGUGUUGAAGAGUUUGGUGGUGUGUGAAAAUGGAUUGCCCAGUCAAGAGAGGCUUGGCUCCAAUGGCCCACGGCUGAUGGGGCUACGCUCCUCCCUGAGGGGUGGUGUGGAGAUGUCAGAGCAGCUACGGGAGCUGACCAGGCUGCUGGAGGCCAAGGAGUUCCUGGCUCGGAUGGAAGGUGUUGGGAAGCUCCUUGAAAACUGCAAGGCCAAGCCAGAGCUCAUCAUUACCAACCUCAUCCAGGUCUUUGAUGCUUUUACCCCAAGGCUUCAGGAUUCCAACAAGAAAGUGAGCCAGUGGGCACUGGAGUCCCUCGCGCAGAUGCUUCCCAUCCUGAAAGAGAGCAUCCAUCCCAUGCUGCUCUCUAUCAUCAUUGCAGUUGCAGAUAAUCUAAACUCUAAGAACUCUGGGAUCUCCACUGCUGCCUCCGCUGUGCUAGAUGCCAUGAUGGACAGCUUGGACCACCUUUGCCUCCUGCAAGCCUUCGCUGGGCGUGUGCGUUUCCUGAGUGGUCCUGCAGUGUUGGAUGUCACAGAACGCCUCUCAGUGCUGGUGGCUUCAGUGUAUCCCCGAAAGCCUCAGGCGGUGGAGCGGCACAUCCUUCCAGUUCUCUGGUACUUCCUGAACAAAAUGAUCGGCAACGGUGUGCUGCCUGGGCGUGGCGGGAAUGUCCGCACGGUGGUGUGCAGGCUGGCCGGCCUCCUCCAGGAGCAAAUGGGGUCCCGGCUGCAGGACUUUGCUGCCAAUCAGCCCCAGCAUGUCCUCAAGACACUCCAGGGACUUUUAGACUCUGAGUCUGGGGGCAAUGACAAAGUCACCUGUAGAGGAACGUUCCUCGACAGCAAGAUGACUGGAACCGUCUGCCUGCAGCAGCCGGGUUAAAGAUGAGUCUGAAACGGGAAAUUAUUAUUUUUUACUUUAUUUUAUUUUUAUGAUGGAGUCACCUCAUGGCCGACUCUCCCCAUUAGG